AGCCCUGACUGACUGUUGUUGAUCUGGACUCCUCCUAAAUCCGUUCGUACGACUUUAAGAACUGCCGGCUGCCUGAGAUCGGUGUGAGUCAGAGCUGCACAUGGUGCUGGGAGGACAAGUUCAGAGACCCUUUCUAAGGGAUCCAGAGUCAGAGCAGACAUGACUUGGAAGGAGCUGUGUGUCCCUUUAUUGCUGUCCCUGCUGCAGCCCUGCACCCAGAGCCUGAAGCCCUAUGACCUGCUAUAUGACAAUGGGAUUGAGGCAUAUUACAAGAAUGAGUACCAAAAGGUGGUGGAUUACAUGGAGGGCUCCCUACACAGCUACCAUCAGCUCAGGCUGACUAAAAUCAGAUGCAGGUUGGGCUGUAAGGAGAGGUAUCCCAUGGAGCUGAAACCCAGGUUUUGGGGUUUGAGUUUUUUCAGUGUUAUGCUGUCUAGGGCAGCCUGUGUGACAAAGUGUGAGGAGGGAAGCCUAGGCACCUUGUCAGUACACAGGGUCAGUGAGGACAUCAAGAGUGAAUUUUACAGGAGGAUCCCAUACAACUUCCUGCAGAGGGCAUACUUCAAGUUGAACCAGCUCGACAAGGCUGCGGAUGCCGCACACACAUUCUUCAUGGCUAAUCCAGAACAUAUGGAAGUACAGCAAAAUAUGAAGGACUAUAAAAUAUCUUCCAACACCCAACUGGUUGACCGGGAACAAUGCAGUCACAUUGAGGAAUAUUAUGCUGGGGUGAAGUUGUAUGACACGGAGCAGUACAGACUGGCCAUCGAACGCUUUGAGGAGGCCCUGAAACAGUACUACCAGGCUGACGCCGAGUGUAGAGCCAUGUGUGCUGGACCACAUAAGUUUGAUGAAUAUGAAUACGUGGAAUAUAGUGCUUCCCUCUACGAAGCCAUUGCAGAUCACUACAUUCAGAUACUGGCCUGUGAACAUGAGUGUGUGAGGGAACUUUCCACACGCCCUGGACGCUUAUCUCCAAUUGAGAAUUUCCUCCCACUGCAUUAUGAUUUCCUGCAAUUCAGCUACUAUAGAGUUGGAGAACAUGUUAAAGCCUUGGAAUGUGCCAAGUCUUAUCUGCUGUUUCAUCCUGGGGACAGAGAUGUGUCUGAAAAUGUGAGUUUUUAUGAGAGCUUGCUUCCAGAAUAUAUGGACCCAGGAGAUAUUAAACCAAGAAACGAAGCCAUGCAAUUUGUCAGCCGUCACAUUUUGGAAUCUGAAGUUCUCCAAUCUGCUGCUGCUGGCCUGGGAUUUUCAUAUCAUGAACCUGAUUUCUGGAUUACUGGUGGAGAUCGACAAGAUGAAAACCGGAAUCCAUCAGGGACUCAGAGUGAACUAACCGAUGUCACUGGACUUUUAUCAGGGAGGAAGGCAGUGCAGAAGAUUGACCGGCAACUUAGAGAAGGAGGUCCUUUGCUGUAUCAAGGUGUAAAACUUGUGUUCAACUCUGCGCACCUCAACGGCACACAGAGGGUUCAGCUGGAUAACGUCAUAUCGGAGGAGGAAUGCAGAGAGCUGCGAAAUGUUGCUAAUAUGAUAACACUAGCUGGCGAUGGAUACAGAGGAAAAACCUCACCUCAUACUCCAAAUGAGAAAUUUGAAGGAGCCACAGUUCUAAAGGCACUCAUGUUCGGAAACGAUGGCUUCAUUCCCAUGAAGAGUGCUCGCAUGUUUUAUGAUGUGAGUGAAAAAGCCCGAAGAAUCGUUCAGUCGUAUUUCAUGCUGAAUUCAACACUAUAUUUCUCCUAUUCUCACCUUGUUUGCAGGACGGCACUGCAAGGUCAGCAGGAUAACAGAAAUGAUUUAAGCCACCCAAUUCAUGCUGACAACUGUUUGCUAGACCCAGAAGCCAAUGAAUGUUGGAAGGAGGCUCCAGCUUAUACAUACAGAGAUUACAGUGCUCUGCUGUACCUGAAUGGAGACUUUGAUGGGGGAGAAUUUGUGUUCACAGAAAUGGAUGCCAAAACAGUCACUUCUUCCGUUAAGCCUAGAUGUGGUCGUCUGGUGGGAUUUUCAUCUGGAGGAGAGAAUCCCCAUGGGGUGACAGCAGUAACCAGUGGGCAAAGAUGUGCUGUGGCGCUGUGGUUUACAUUGGACCCAACAAAUAGGGAACUGGAAAGGCUCCAGGCUGAUGAGGUCAUACAGAUGCUGGACCAAGAAAGUCAUGGGAAUAUGAAUAUCAACCCCAGGGAUGAACUAUAACAGGGAUAUUUAACAAAGUAUUUAUUAAUUAUUAAUAAUCUUAUUAGAACGGUUUUAUUUUUGUACAAAACAUAAAUUGUAAUUUAAGUGAUCGAUGGGAAAACAAUGUGCUCAAAAAUAUUAACUAUUUCUAUUAAAGU